AUGGGCAGCGAGGAGCAGGAUAAGCACCACAGAGAGCACAAACAGACACAGUCACAUGGUCAUGGGCAGAGUCAGCGCCCCGGCGUGGUGGGCCACCAUUCAUCAUCUUCAGGUGCUAGUCGAAGUGGUUCAACAUCAAGUUCAAACAUAUUCUCUCAUAAGGUUUCACCAUUUUCAAAGCAUCAAGUGCAUAAACCUAGUCAGGGGGUUAAUUCUGCUGCUAGUAAAAAUACGGAUUCUAAUCAAAAUGUACCGAAAGACAAUGGAGGUAAUAAUAACAUUAAUAAUGUUGACAAGAAUAAGAAGGAUGUGAAUAUGAUAGAUUCUCAAGAGGAUAAUAAGCAGAAUGAUGAUGGCAAGCCACGUUCAACUACUAUACAAAAUCAUCAUAUUGAUCAACAAUCACAAAAAGCCAAAUUUAUAGAUCAAAAUCCUGUGGAAUCCGUACCUCCAAAAACCAAAUCAUUUUCACUUUCCAACUAUUUAAAGAAAGUAAAAGAAGGUACAUUGGCUUCAGAGUCCAAAAAAAAUGAAGACGUAAACAAAGAUUUAGAGAAAGAUUUAGACAAGAAUGAACCAACAAAUGAGAAGUCAACUGAUAUAAAGGAAGAAUUCAACAACCAAGAUGUGCCCAAAGAAGAUCAAAAUCAUACUGAGUUGAAAGAUAAUAAAGCUGAAAUUCAAUCAAAUGACAAAGACAAAUCUUCACAAAAAUCAUCAUCAACAGAUAAAAUUACAUCUGAACCACCUCAAGAUGUUGAGCAUGAAAAAACUAGUAAUUCAAACGAAUCAGAAAAACUUACAGAACUAAAUUCAUCCACAACUAUCUCAAAAGAACAACCAUCAAUACAUACUGAUAUAAAUACAAGUCCUCUGUCACAGCUUCCAUCCGAAAUAAAUUCUGUUGCUUCACCCCAAAAGCAACGUUCUCAAAGGUAUAUAUUUGAUGAUGAUGAUGACGAUGAACUUUCAGAUAUUGAUGAUGACGAUGAACUUUCAGAUGUUGAUGAUACAAUUGAAUUCAACAGAACACCAAGAAGAGAUAGAGUAAAAGUUAAUGUUGAAGAUGAUUCUGAUGCCGAAACAGUACAUGGAGGUUCCCCUAAGGCAUCUAGAAUAAAUAGCCAUAUCACCAAAGACUUAAAUGACAGUGACACUCCAAAUAAAACAAAUCAAGAGGACUCGGAUUAUCACAAAAAGAUAAUUCAAGAACGACUAGAUAGAAGAAGCGCGUCAAAAUCAAGCUCGCCACAUAGACACAACACCAAAAAAAUGAAAACUUCAAGAGAUACACAAGGUAGACUUAAAUUACAAAAAGUUUGUGAAAAGGGUCAUUAUGAGCAAGCUAAAUUUUUGAUUGAAGAAGGAGCUGACGUUAAUGAUAGUGAUUAUGCUGGUAAUACUGCGUUACAUGAGGCUGCUUUGAAAGGUCAUACGGAUGUUGUAGAGCUAUUAUUAGAAAAUGGAGCUGAUCCUAAUAAACAAACAGGUGCAGCUGAUCUUGAUACGCCAUUGAUUGAUGCUGCUGUAUCCAUGCAUAUACCUACAAUUGAACUGCUAUUGAAAUUUGGUGCAGAUCCAAGUAAAAGGAAUACAAAUGGUGAUAAUGCAUUCGAUUCAGUUCCAGAGGAUGAAGAUACAAAUUAUGUAAAAGAUCUGAUGAGAAAAGCUUAUUUAAGAUUAAAGGAGCAAGGUAAAGAUAGUCUUUCUCUGAGGGAACAUACCCAAUAUGAUGACACAUUUGUUGAACUGGCAACAAAAGAAGGAAAAUCAGAAUUAUAUUGUAAUGCUUUGAAAGAUAAUCAAGCUUUUGUUGGUAAAUAUUUCGGCCUGGGGGGUAAACCUGAUAAGGCAAGUUUAGGAGUUGCUGCUAAAUAUGGAAACCAUGAAAUUGUUAAUUUAUUCUUAGCUUUCGGUUGCAAUGCUGACUCUUAUGAUGCAGAUGGUACUACACCUUUAAUGAACUCUGUUGGUAAAGGUCAUAUAGAUACUGUUAGAUUGUUGCUCGAGUCUGGAUCUAACCCUUCAAAAGAUUCAAAAGCUGGUAAAAGUGUUCUAGAAUUCGCUGAAGAUUCACUUGUUAGAGAUGAGGAUGAAAUUAAGCUGAUUAAAGAUGCUAUUGCUGCUAAAUCAGGCUCUGGUAAUAGAUCAGAAAAACGUGAAGGCUCUAAAAAGAGAAAAUCAAACACCAAAGAAGAUUUUGUUGAACAUCCAGAGAGAAGAAAACAACAAAAGCAAUCAUCUAAACCACUACAUGAUCAUAAACAAAAGGAUAAGGAAACCAGAGUUAAACAACAUGAUAAAGCUCAUGAUCAAUAUAAGUCAAGAGAAAGUUCUAAAGUAAGAUCUAAUGAAGAAGAAAGUCGUGAAUCUCGCAAGGAGCAGAAAGAAAAUACAAACCACAAAAUACAUAAGGAUCACAAAGAUCAUAGGGAUCAUAAGGAAUCUGUGAAACAUAAAGAAAAGCUCCAGCCAAAGAAUAAAAUUGAAAAUUCAACUUCAAGUCACAUGAAAGAUAAUGCAGAUCGUAAACAAGAUUUAUUCAAACCAUCAGUUACAAAACCUGAAACAAUGAAAAGAUCAAAUAGUAACAAUGCAACCUCAGAUCAUGUUGAAGAUCCUAUUGAACCCAUCUCUAAGCCAGAGCAUAUACCUCAUAUUGAAACUGAAGAGGAAAAAGCUGCUAGAUUAUUGAAAGAAAAAGAAGAUCAAAAGAAAAGAGAAGAGUAUGAAGCUGCAAAAAUUGCAAAACGUAGGGAAAGAGAACAACAGUUUUUGAUCAAUUUUGAAAAUGAAGAGCAGAAAAAGGAAGAAGAAUUGAAAAAAUUAGCUGAAUAUAGGGCUGAACAACAGAUUAAAGAAAUGAAAGAAAAUGAAGCAAGAGCAAAACUUGAAGAAGAAAAAAGAAUAAUCAUGUCACAAAAAGAAGAGACAGAAAAAAGAAAGAAAAUUCGUGAAGCUUAUCCUUAUGGUCUACAACAUGCUACUUUUGAUGCAAACAGGACUAAAGAAGAUGUUCUAAAAUAUAUUCCAUUGUAUUAUUUCAAUAGAGAUGGCGUUAAAUAUUGCUGUGAUAUUCAAGCGAUAUUAAUUGUUGGUGUUGAAAAUCUUUACAUGAAGUUUCCUGAACUCCUCAAAUCAAGAAUUGAACUUACACCAACUGAUAAAUAUAAUUUUUUCAGCUUUAUGUAUCCAUUUCUAGGUAAUUUAAAUUUAGAUACAACCGAAAAGACAAUCAUAAGCAGAAAAGAAGAUUAUCAGAAAUUCCUAAAUUUGAGUUUACAUUUUAUUGAAUAUGACAUUUUAUUGAAUGUCAUUAAGGAAAAUUUCAAUUCUCUGUUUGAUGUUGUUACAAACAGAUCUCUGGAGAUUGUUUUGAAUACAACACCAAUCCCUGUUGGUGAUUUAGCUCUACCAAAAAUACAAGAAUCAGCUAAAGAAAGACCUUCAAGCGCUAUACCAGGUACAGAAAGACCAAUUAAACUACCUUACACUUUAAAGAAUAGAUAUAACGUUGAGAAAGUGUUUCUGAGAAGUAAUAGAAGACUGUGGUAA